AUAACUUAUAACUAAUAGUAUUUACAAAUUUAAUAGUAUAAAUUACUUUAUGCUUAGAUAGUUUUAAUUUUCUUCAGAAUAUAUACUUUGUUAAUCAGGAUUUAUUAUUGAUUGUACAUAAUAUUAUAAUGAAUAGUAACAAAGUAUUAGAAUCAGUAAGAAAAAUUUUAAACUUUUCAAUCAAACGUAAUGGACAUGAUAAAAUUUUUGAAAAGGUGAAUAUAAUAUCAGCUGGAAAUGGCCAAUGUGUUGCUGAGAUGGUUGUUGAAAAAGAACAUACCAAUAGAUUUGGUACACUACAUGGAGGUUUUACAGCUUCUGCUGUAGAUGUUUUGUCGAGUAUGGCUGUAUUGACUCAUCCACGAGUUGUUGAGGACAUUGAUUCAGUGCCUAACUCCGGUGUUUCAGUUGAUAUUCAUAUUUCGUAUUUAAAUUCAGCAAAAAUUGGUGACAAAAUAGUUAUUAAUUCUGAAACUGUUAAGYUGGGAAGAAAUUUAGCAUUUCUAAAAGUGACAUUGUUCAGGAAAGAUGAUAAGGUUAUUUUAGCUCAAGGUUCACACACUAAAUUUGUGGGAUAAUAUAAAAAUAACAUUAUGUAAAAUGRAUUUGUUUGAAAAAAAUGUGUUAUGUGUCAUGACUUAUGAUAU